AUGGUUUGGAAAGAACAUGAGUUUAGUAAAAAUUAUGUGAUAUUGAAGCCACAUAAUGCAAAUGUUUUUGAUCUGAUUCUGUUCAUACUUCCUUUUGGGUUCAAGAAGAGGAAGUUGAUGGAUUGUCCUGAUGGUAAAGAAGACUCUUACAGAAGCUUUGCUGAUCGUCUAAUAAUUUUCGUCUCCCUGUUAUUACAGAUACUCAUUCUAACUAUCGCUAUUCCGCUCGCUAACUUGGAUGCCUUUCUCCAAAAACUCUUCAACUUCAUCUCCUUCAAUGGUACCAUUCCUCAGCUUUUCUUCAAAUUCGUCAGAGGAGAGACUUUGGUGCAGCCUAAUAAAAGUUCGCCAGAUUACACAUCAGUUGUGGGAUUUACGGAUUGGAGAAGAGAUUUGGACAAUUCCAUAAGCCCUGACGACACUUUCAGAUACUAUAGUGUCCUAACUGUUAUGGCUUCCAAACUCUCUUACGAAUCUCUUCCAUUUGUCCAAUCAGUCGUCAACGACCGUUGGAAGAUGAAGUUACUCGGUUACUACAAUUUCUGGAAUGACUUCCAAAGCCGAGCAACUACUCAAGCAUUUAUGUUUCAAACCACAGCCUCAGAUCCAAACAUAACAGUGGUGGCUUUCAGAGGGACUACCCCACUCGACGCAUACGAUUGGCAAGUCAAUGUAGACUUUUCUUGGUACGACAUUCAUGGUGUUGGUCGUAUUCAUAGCGGCUUCAUGAAAGCCCUCGGCCUACAGAAGCGCAAAGGUUGGCCUAAAGAACUCACUCCAACAACCACCAGCGCCCCCCAAUUUGCCUACUACACCCUCCGUCAAAAACUCAUUGACAUUGCCAAAACCAAUGCCAAUGCAAGGUUCAUCCUCACCGGCCACAGCUUAGGUGCAGCUCUUGCUGUCCUCUUCGUCGCGAUACUUGCCCUUCAUGACGAGUCAUUGGUGCUAGAGAAGAUAAAGGCUAUCUACAGCUACGGGCAACCGAGAGUCGGUGACCGACAUUUUGCAGAGUUUAUGAUUGUGAAGGGACAGCCAAACAAGAACUAUUUCUCAUUGCUAUGGCUAAUACCUAAGUAUUUAAAUGCAUGGUUGGAGCUUGUAAGGAGUUUUCUAAUCCCAUUUGUGAAGGGUUAUGAUUACUACGAGAGUUUGGCAAUGAAAGGGGUAAGGUUUAUUGGACUGCUUAUGCCAGGACUCACCGCUCACAUUCCUACGGACUAUGUUAAUUCCACUCGUUUAGGAAAAUUAAACGUACCUGAGGAGAUUCUUGAAGAUGGAGAUGACUGUAUCGAACCUGACUACUAA